AUGGCGCCCUCGCAGCCGUCUAAUGCGGCUUCCACCUCGGUGCAAGUCGCCCUCCGUAUCCGCCCCACCAACCAGCACGACCUCUCUACCAUCCCGAGCCGCUUCCAGCGUAAUGUAAUCAAUGCCGCCUCGAACACCACUGUCAGCGUGGACUCCACUCCUUCUACCGGCCCUGGUGCUCCCGCACCUACCUCGUCCUCGGCCAACAGUGCUAAAAAGCAGACGUUCACCUUCGACCAAGUCCAUCCCCCAGCUACUACCCAACACGCCAUGUUCACCUCUACAGCGCUGCCCCUCAUAUCUCGCUUCGUGGAAGGUUUCAACUGUACCAUUCUGGCCUACGGUCAGACAAGCAGUGGGAAGACGUUCACCAUGACUGGUAUUGAUCUGGAUGCGGACCCUACCGACGCGUCAAACGGUAUGGGUAUCAUUCCCCGUGCUGUGUCUACCAUCUUUGCGCGGUGUAGGGAGAUGAAGGAGGAGCGUUCAGGCGCGUGGACAUACCAACUCAAGGGCUCCUACAUCGAAAUCUACAACGAAGACCUAAUCGACCUUCUCGCGGACACCGGUGGCAAACGGGACGUUCAGAUUCGCGAAGAUAAACAAGGUCACAUUAUUUGGGAGGGGUUGCGGGAGGUCAACGUGAAAAGCGCCAACGAGGUUAUGAGUCUGAUCCGCCAAGGUGCCUCGAUCAGACGCACGAACGAAACAGACAUGAACGCACAGUCUUCACGCUCACACGCCAUCUUCUCCUUAACACUCAUUCAGAGGAAGUUCGUUGGAAGCGGACCGCCGCCCCGUUCAUCAUCGCCUCUCCCCCCUGGUGGACGGUCACCAUCACGCAUCGGUCGCCCGGGUUCUGUUAUUGGCACCAGUUCCAAUGGUCGUGUUUCUUCCCCCACGUUUGGCCGCCCCGCCACUCCAAGUUUCCAGUCGGCUAUCGCUAGAGGUACCCGUCCGGCAAGUUCACUCGGUUUCCUGUCUCCGGAGAUGCCGAAGAAGGAUUCCGGUGGUGAGAGCGGCAGCGGAGAGUGGGUUACCGUGACAUCGAAGUUCCAUUUCGUCGACCUGGCAGGCUCCGAACGGCUCAAACGCACGGCCGCCGCUGGUGAGCGGAUCAAGGAGGGUAUCUCCAUCAACAGCGGUCUUCUCGCGCUGGGAAACGUCAUUUCGGCUUUGGGAGACCCUGCGAAGGCCAAGACCAACACUGCGUCCUACAUCCCGUAUCGGGACUCCAAGCUCACCCGUCUUCUGCAAGACUCGCUGGGAGGCAAUGCGCACACCCUUAUGAUUGCCUGUGUUAGCCCCGCGGAGUGGAACGCGAACGAGACCAUCAACACGCUCAAGUACGCUAACCGCGCCCGUAACAUCAAGAACCGCGCCGUCCUGAACGAGAGGGAGGAAGGUUGGGACGACGUGGAAUGGCUGCAAGGCAUGGUGACCCGGUUGCGGAAGGAGGUCAAGCAGAUAAAGGAGGGCGGAGGUGUUGGUGCCACCGUGAUCAGCUCUGGGCCGUCGGAGGCAUCGGAGGGCUCUUCGAAGAGGGUCCUUGCGCAGAUGACCGAGCUCCAGAACAACUACGAAGAUCUGCGCGAGAAGUUCGUUGAGCGCACGGAAGAACUCACCCGUCUUCGGAACGAGCUUGCGGAGAAGCAGCGGAACUCCACCGGUGGUCGUCUGGGCGGCACCGCGAAGUACGAGGAGAUCGUCGGGCCUGUCAUCGAGGAGUACGAGAAGACAAUAAGUGCGAUGGAGGCUGAGCUCAAGCUUAACCGUGCCGCGCUCCGCCACACAAACGAUCUCUAUGACGAGAAGGAGAAUGAGUACAACACUCUUGCCGACCGCCAUUCAACGACGGAGAUGUAUUUGGAGGAGCUGAAGGCGCGUGUUGUUAAGCUAGCAGAACGAGAAGCAUCCACGGAGGCUUAUGUCCACGACCUUGAGGAGAAGGUACGCUUGUACGACGAGAGUUCCACCUCUUCGAGCGGCUCUAUCACCGACCUCAAACGGGAGCUUGCCAAGUACAAGGACUCCGAGUCCCACUCAGCGGAAUACAUCGCGGACCUCGAAGCUCGCCUCAGCAAGUCUGACGAGUCAGUCCUCGCUCUCAGAGCAACUGUGGAGGUUCUCGAGAGGGAAUGCGAGAAGCGUCGCAACCAAGUGACCGCCCUGGAGUCGCGUCUAGAGAGCUUAAAGCAGGACGGCGAAAGCUGGAGGUCUGAUCUUGAGCUCAGGGAGGCUAGGGUGCAAGAGCUGGAGACGAAGAUGGCGGACUGGGAGGUCAAGAUGCAAGCUGCGAACGAGGAGCGCGAGCGGCUCAACGAGCUCGCCAGCGAGGUGGCCAAGGCGAAGAAACAGCUGGAAGCGUCCCCUGUCAAGACGAACGGCGCAACCACGAACGGUACCACAUCCACCGGCGCCAACUCGGAAGUUUCUUCAAUCCAUGAAGCCGAUGGAUUGGUUGACUCUCAGCUAGUGGCGCUUCAGCAGACACACACUGCAACCCUUGCGGACCUGUCAUCUGUCACGGCGAAGUAUCGUGAUGCUCUGCGUGAGAUUGCCGAUCUCGCUGCUCAGCUCCAGGAGGCCAAAGUCAACGCUCCACCUCCGCCGCCAGAGUCCCCUGAACGCGGAGGAGAUAUUUCACCUGGUCGCCGCAGGAUGCAACGGUCCCGAGACCAGGAGUCUUCCAGCGGCUCGGGUCGACGGCUUUUUUUCCGCAACGCGGUCUCGUCAGAGUCGCUCCACUCCAGAUCGCUCUCGCAAUCUGUAUCGCUAUCGCAGGAGCUGUCCUCGGCCAGGUCGCGCAAGGCUUCUAUUUCCAGCCAUGGCACAAGUAGCUCCAUCUCCAGCACCUCGCGCCCCAACUUGUCAAUCUCGUUACCGUCAGUCACCAUUUCACCCACAGAGCGGUCCGUGGCGAGCCUGGAAGAGGAGAUCAUGCGCCUCCAGGAUGUCAUCAAGGAGCGUGAGGUGGAGAUUACCGUCCUAGAAUCCACGUUGAAAGAGAAGACCACUCCUCCGGGCACCCCUCAUAUUAUGACCAAUGGCUUGAAAGACCCAGUCCCGUAUACCAACGGCGAUGCUACACUUCACCUCUCUCCGAAAACUAUGAGUCAGUUCACAGAGAUCCGCAAGAGUCUUGACCUCCGGCCAUCUACCGACCUCACCGAUUCCGAUGUUGACGAGUCUCUGGUAAGACUCAAUGAGCUUAUGCGUUCCAUGGCUCAGAAAGAGUCUGUUCACAAGGAAGUCGUUGACGACCUCACCAAUCAACUCUCCUCUAUUCGCAAGCAGCAUGAGGACUUGCAAGUACUCUCGCGCGAUCAGGCGCUGAACAUGAGCAUGGAGCUCGAUGCUCUCCGUCAGAGGCAUGACGAUCUGGUCGCCGCUCAGGGCGAACAAGGAGAGGCAGAAGCUCGUCAUUUAGAGCUCACCGAGUCGCUCGAGGGGUCACAGGCCCAACAUGCUGCACUCCAAGCCUCCCUCGACGACCUCACCAAGCGCGAAGCUGAGCUCAUCCAGUCGCUGAAGCAAGCGGAGGAUACCCAUUCUGCCGAUGUUGAGCAACUCAAGGCGGCGCACGAGGAAGCCAUUCACGUCAAGAGCGAGGAGCACGACGCCCUCGUUGUCAAGCUGAAGGAGGAGCACGAGACGUCUCUGGGAGAACUUCGCACGCAGCUCGCGCAGUCGGCGUCUGUACUUGAGAUGGCUCAACGCGACCACGAGCAAGUUUUCGGCAAGCUCAAGGCCGAACACGAGGAGGAGCUACGUUGUCGCCUUGACGAGGCCGCCGAGCUCCUCGAGCGUACACGCGCUGACCAUGAAGCCGCCCUCACGAAGGCAGUCUCCGACCAUGAUGGCGCUCUCACUGCCAUGAAGACGAUCGAGGAGCGGAACUCUUUACACCUCUCGCGCAUCGAGGAGGAGUACUACGACGCGCUCACGAAGCUCCGCACCGACCACGCUCAGGCUCUCGAGAGGCAGGCCGCCGAGUCCGCGACAGCGCUGGAACGUCUGAAGGAUGAGCAUACCCGCGACGUUCGGAUGGCCGAGAUCGCGCAGCAGGGCUCUCUUUCCGAGUCGGAGACGUCGCGGGACGAGGCUCUCAAGUCCCUGCAGGAGGAGCACGCCUCUGCAAUCAAGAACAAGGAGCAGCAGUUUGCAGCCGACAUACAUCGCCUGAAGGAAGAGCACGCCGCUGCACUUACCGCGAAGCUCGACCAGCACCGCGAAUCCCUCCAGCGUGUCAAGGCCGACCACUCGUCCACCCUCGCGGCUAAGGAGUUGGAGUUCGCAGAUCGCAUCGACCGCAUCGAGGCCGAGCACGUUCGUGUGCUUGCUGAGAAGGAGAAGGCUGCCUUGUCCGCCAACGAGCGCCUCGUCGAGGAGCACGCCGGUGUCACCGCCAAGCUCAAGGAGGAGUCCACCCAGGAGAUUGCUCGCCUCACUGGCGCUCUCGAGGAGGCUCGUUCUGAACGCGCUGCGGCGGAAGCUGGUCUCAAGAAGGAGAUGGAGGAGAUGUCCAAGUCUAGUGACGAGAAGCACUCUGCUGCGCUUGCUGACCUGAAACGCGCGCACGCGGAGGAGCUUGAGCGUCUUGCCGAGUCUCACAAGGAUGCUCUUUCGUCGUCCUCAAGCACUUCCGAGGAGCAACGCUCAACACUCGUCAAGGAGCACACCGAGGAGGUCGUUCGCCUCAAAGCUGAGCACCAGACAGCCCUCACUGAGGCGCAGAACGCGCUCGUUGCGGCUACGGAGCAGCACCGCUCUGAACUCGAGGCCUCUCGCUCACAGUCCAAUCUACUCAUGACGGCCGAGAAGGAGCAACUCGAGGCGACCCUUGCCGAAGUCGAUAAGACGCAUUCCGAAGAGCGCGACACCCUCCUCCGGAAGCACGACCUCCUCCUUGAGGAUCUCCGGAAGAAGCACGCCGAGGAACUCGAGACCCUCUCGAAGGAGCACAACACUCUUUUGGACGAGCUCGACACGCACAAGGCUGCUUCGGACGAGUGGGCACAUGCUCGUGAGGAGAUGCGCCAGGCACAUGAGUCCGUAAUCCAGCAGAAGAACGAGAACAUCACGUCGCUCCAGACUGAGCUGUCCACUGCUCGGUCGGAGCGUGACUCGUUCUCUGCUGAGCUGGAGAAGCUGCGUUCCGAGCUCCUGAGUACCCGCGAGGAAACAUCGGCGCUUGUGAAGGAAGCCUCCAAGCGGCAGUCCCUCGUAGACGAGCUCGAGAAACACCGUUUCGUCAUCGCCGAGAUGCAGGAGAACCUGCAGAAGACGAAGGACGAGAUGGACAACCUUAUGGCGGAAAAGAAUCGGCAAGACGCACUCCUCCGCGACCUCCAGCAACAGCUCGGCAGCCCCACGCCAAGUGCGCGGCCAACCAUGGACCGUAACGUCUCCUACUCUCGUGCGACAGGCAUCAUGUCGCCUGGCAAGCUCCCUCCCCCUACUCCUCCUCCUACCGUUCCCAUCCCUCCAGCACCUCGGGCCAUCCAUGAGCAGCACAGCUCGUCUUCAUCGACCGCUAUGUCGUCGCGUAGCAUCAGCGUUGACGGCAUGGAGUCGCCCUCGACCCCUGCCACGUCCAUCAGCCAUUCAAUCGCCAACGGAUUGCCCUCACCAUUGGUCGGGCCGCGGGACCCCGAUCCCAAGCUCACAGCGCAAGUCCAGCAGCAGGCAAAGCAGCUGGAUGAGCAGGAGGCGAUGAUCAAGACCCUGAACAAGCAGCUGACGCAUUGCGAGGGCGACCUCCAGGCCCACAUGGACAUGGUGGCUACGCUAGAGGCUUCGCUUGGCGAUUCGGAGAAAAAUCUCCGGAAGGCGCGGAUGCAGGCGACGGAACUCGCACGCGAACGCGAUAACCUCAGCAACCAGAUCGUCAGCCUCCGCACUGACCUUGCCGAGGCCAAGGCCGAGGUCGUCAAUGUUCGCCGGUCGGUUGUGGAGGAGAAGCAAUCGCUGGAAAGCCGGUUGGAUGAGGAAAGGCGAGCGAAGGAGCGUGCACGAGCGCAGUUGGACACCCGUAUGGAAGAGCUGCAACGGCGCAAAUCCAAGUUUGCGUGCCUAUGA